GGGCUGCGGAGCCGUUUGGCUCCUGGCGUUGUUCCUGACACCGUGGGAGGCUCCGGGCUGUGCCCAUCCCGUGGCCCCACUGCUGGAUGGGGCUCGCUGAGCUCACGGCACUGCCAUGUGGCAAUGGGUGCCAGGCACACCAGGGUCAUCGGUGGGGAUGAAUGGAGCACAACCUGCCCUGGCACAGCUCGGCACAGGAUGCUGCAGCUUGGCUCUGCUUUGGCACUUCGGCACUGGAAGGGCUUUGGCAGGGCUUUGGCAUCACUUUGGCACCAGUUUGGCACAGCUUUGUACCUCAGCCCCGCCAGCGCAGCUCAAUGGCCCCGUGGGUGUGGCCAACGAGGAGGGGGCGUGGUCGGAACGAGUGGGCGUGGUUUAAACACAUUUAGCAUAUGGUGGGGGCGUGGUUUAGAAGAGGUGUGGCAUCUGAGGGGGCGUGGUCGGGACGAAGGGGCGUGGCCUCAUCACGGAUAUGGAGUGCUUGAGGGAAGGGGCGUGGUGCGGUGUGGGCGUGGCCUCUGCGUGGAGGGGGCGUGGUCAGGAGGGGGUGUGGCCGUAUAUAGGGGCGAUGUGCGGAGCGGGGCCGCAGUCGGGGCCAUGAACGGGGCCAUGAAUGGCAUGCGGGGGUGGUGUGCAGUGCUGGAUGUGCGGCCCCACGGAGAGAGCCCGGAGAGCGUAAAGGUGCUGAGGCUGACGCUGCCGAAUGAGCUCCCGGGCGAGCGGCGCGAGCAGGCAAAGCAAAAGCCAGUGGGAAAAGCCUUCGCCAUGGUGGCCAACAGAUCGAGCAAUGGCCACGCGUUGGCAUCCGAGCGCAUCAAGUCCAACGACGGUGAUGAGGAGAUCAUCAAGGUCUAUCUGAAGGCGAGGGCUGAGGGCAGUGCGAACCAUGAAGAGCACGUCAGCCAGCUGAAGAGUGAAGUUCGGCACAUCCAGGAGGCUAGAAGUUUUUUGAAGAAGCUGCGGGAAGACUUAAGUAGUAAACUUGAGAGCAGACAAGGAGAUAAAGAGCACACACAGGUGGUGCUGGAGGAGCAAAAUGGGAGUUGGCUGCACCCUGAGAGGCUUCGCGCUGAGCCUUGGGAGGAGCAGGAUGAGGAUUGUUCAGGAGAUGAUGUAGAGAAGAUGCGGCAGACAGCGAGGAGGCUGUUCACGAGGCUGCAAGAGGCUGAGAAAUGCCAUCAGUUGGAGAAGAAGGACCUCGAGAGGACGGUGUCACGGUACCGGGAGGAGGCAGAGCAGACGAGCUGUGCUCUGCGGAGAGCAGAGAGGAAUGUGGUGGAGAAGGAGCUGCAGGUGGACGAACUGCAGAGGCUGCUAGCGGGGAUGGAGAAGGAGCACAGGACUUUGCUGCUGAAGAUGAAAGACAGCGAAGCAGAGCUGGCACGGCUGAGAAGUGUGGAAGGUGACAAGCUCGCCGAACAGGACCGGUCGGCCAAGCUGGAGAAGGAGGUGGCAAUGCUGCGGGAGAAGAUCCACCACCUGGACGACAUGCUGAAGAGCCAGCAGCGCAAGGUCCGCCAAAUGAUCGAGCAGCUCCAGAACUCCAAAACAGUGAUUCAGGCCAAAGAUGCUGUGAUCCAGGAGCUGAAGGAGAAAGUCGCCUACUUGGAGGCUGAGAACCUGGAGAUGCACGACCGCAUCGAGCACCUGAUUGAGAAGCAGGUCAGCCGGGGCGGCCACAGCUCCAGAGCACGAUCCAAGUCGGAGUACGUCAGCAGCAAAAGACUGAUGGGCCCCAAACCGCUGCCUCUCAUUCGAGUGGUGGAAACAUGAGUUUCGAGGGUUGGAGCGAGAUGAAGACUCUCCCCUUGUUCUCCUUGACCAGACUUCCCUGCUUGACUGUUCUCUGGCCUCUGUGCUCCGUCUGCCCUGGAGCUGCUGGCGGAGGGCUGCGUCCCGGAGGACAGACGCAGCCAGGGCAGUGCUGGCAGAGGAAGGAGGGCUGCGAGGUGCCCACGCUGCUGUCCCUCGGGGUCCUAUGGAUGCCAGCCUGGAGCUGGUGGGGACAUUGAGGACGAGGUGCUCCCGGGCUGCAGGGCUGAGCUCGCUUCCCUGCUCAGCCUUGGGUUCGCCAGGGUUGCUGUGUGAGCAGCUUCUGAAGGGUCUCAUCAAAGCGGAGCCACCUCUUCAGACUGUAGCUUGCCAACGUGGACUCGGGGUUUAAAUUAUUAAAAAAUAAUAAAAAUUCACUUACAAACCAGGAAAUCUUCUUGAAACUGGACUCCUUCCUACAAUGAAGCCCAAUGAGUUGGGAGCCUCCACCUCUGAUCUCCAGCACAUCUGCUGCUCCAAACCUGGUGAGGGUUCCUGCGGACAGAAUCAGUGGAUCGACAGAAUCGAUGCAGGUGGUGGAUCAGCACAGUCAGCACAGUCGUAGAGACUCAAUGCUGGAUCAACACGGCCGACACGGUGAGCGGAUCGACACAAUCAGCCGAGGCUCUCAAUCAACACAACUGGCACAAUUGGCACAGCAACACAAUCAGUGGAUCGGCACAAUUGGCACAGCUGGCGGAUGACACAAACCUCCUCCCAGUCCCUCUCUCGAGCGUACAGAAAUCGUGCCCAGUGUUCCUCUCGUGUUUAAACCCAGAGGCGGUUUGGUUUGUACCUAUAUUUAUUUCAAUAAAUUAUUGGUGUCUUCCAAGGAUGUGGCGACAGGCAUGAUUGCUGCUGUCCAGCUCCAGGGGAGUGUUUGAGGACUGCCUGUCCCACGUUUGAACUGGAAAAUACCAACCUGCUUCCUCCGGCCGCUCCGUCGGUGCGUCGCGACGCGGUGCCCACAUUUUGGGUCAGCCCAAAGGAGCUGCUGUGCUGAGCGGGGCGGUGAGGCAGAGUGCUGUAUGUACACCUCGCAUCUGUCAAUACAAAAAUAUUCCUGUGUUAA